AUGAUAAGAAAAAAAAUAAAAGAAAAAUAAAAGAUUAACCCAACGGUAACAAAAUUUGAAAAGGUUACUGUUGCUUUAAAAUUUAAAUGAGACCGUUGUUGUAAUAAAGGUAAUCAAAAUCUCCACCUGUCAAUAUAUAGCUUUGAUGAGAAAUAAAAGAUGUUUUUCUCCUCCGCGUAGAGGGUUAAUGUUCUUCUGGAUCACCAGCUUCUUCAUGUAUACUUCCUCUAUAAAUCGUAUCGUGACUCUCUCUCUCUUUCUCGAUUCCAUUAUUUCUCUACUUUGUCAACCCAAACAACAUUGGCGUCGACCUCUCCUUCCUUCAGCAGGGAGGAAAAAAGAUUCAACCGGCUGUGACGUUUCAAACAAAAAAGCUCCAUGAGUCCGUAUUCUGAUGAUCUUACAUCAAAAAGUGGCAACGUGCUUGUGAAGGAGACCCUUUGCCUGCCACCAACCCUCACAUUGCUUCAGGGAAGCUAGCUAGUGCUUUGACCAGGUCGUCGUGUCAAGCAAAAGACAUCAACACACAAGGAUCCGACUCCAUAUGACUUCUAUAGUCCACAACAAAAUGCUUACGAAUCAUCAAGUCGUGAUUGUGAAGGAUGAUUACUUUGAUCGGAUGAUGCCUUCGUUCUUCACUUGUUUUCUGUUAAUCAGAUUGGAGGGCAAAGUCGUAAUCAUCACGGGCGGAGCAAGCGGGAUUGGAGCUGAGUCCGUCAGGUUAUUCACCAAACACGGCGCCCGAGUCGUUAUAGUUGAUGUACAAGACGAGCUCGGUCAAGAACUUUCUGUUUCCAUCGGAGAAGACAAGGCAAGUUACUAUCAUUGCGAUGUCACAAAUGAGACAGAAGUAGAAAACGCCGUCAAGUACACCGUCGACAAACACGGAAGGCUUGACGUUCUGUUUAGUAACGCCGGCGUUAUAGAGCCGUUUGUGAGCAUUCUUGACCUAAAUCUUGACGCGUUAGACCGAACUAUCGCCGUUAACCUCCGUGGCGCAGCCGCCUUUUUUAAACACGCGGCACGUGCCAUGGUGGAGAAAGGCACGCGUGGCUCCAUCAUUUGCACCACCAGCAUCGCCGCUGAGAUCGCCGGGACGGCACCACACGGAUAUACUGCGUCGAAGCAUGGGCUGUUAGGACUGAUCAAAUCAGCUUCUGGCGGGUUGGGGAAGUACGGGAUAAGAGUAAAUGGCGUUGCUCCGUUUGGGGUGGCCACACCAUUAGUUUGCAACGGAUUCAAUAUGGAGCCAAACGUGGUCGAGGAAAACACGUCAGCGUCGGCGAAUCUGAAGGGAAUUGUGUUGAAAGCUAGCCAUGUGGCAGAGGCUGCUCUGUUUCUAGCAUCGGAUGAGUCGGCUUACGUAAGCGGUCAGAACCUGGCUGUUGACGGCGGUUACACGGUGGUUAAGUCGUAGCUACAACUUGGCCACAUGAUGAUGAGUUUUUAAAUUUUUUAUAAAAUUGUUGUUUAAAAUUAUUUGGGUCAAAAGUUGACUUGGAUACAUGGGGAUUGAAUAGUUUCUGAGGUAAGCAAGUUGCCUUGAAACGUGGGAUGUUGCAUUUUUAUUUGGAAACAUGCAUCCAUGAUCCCAUUAUCCAACUUAUUGCAGAUCUCGAGGAUAAUAAACUAAACAACUAUUUUUAUAA